AUGGCCUUGGGGUGCGCCCUUGCUGGCGUCGCCGUCGCCUCGGUCACCCGCCUUGCUGGCGUCGGCGGCGCCGGGGGCCUGAGCACGGUGCGCCGUCCUGGCGGCAGCCCGUCGGCCAGGCACUCCGUCGCCCCGGCGGCGCCCGCCGCCCCUCUCCGGGGAGGCGCUGCCAGGACCGCCGGCGCCUCUGCGGUCGCGGGCGCCACCGCCGCCGCGCUCGGAGGAGGAGCGGCCCUUGCCGUGGGCGCGGCAGCGGCCAGUCGCGCAGCGCGAACGCGCGCCGCCGCGGUGGGGAAGCCUCUGGUGCAGGUGUCCGAGCGCGUCGCCAGCAUCGCGCACAUGCUGGGCAUCAGCCCGGAGGAGUCGGAGGAGGGGGCGCCCCGGCGCCGCGGGGGGACGGCGCGCCCGCUGGGGUGGCUGCGCGUCCUGGACCAGCUGGCGCGGAUAGAGGCCCGCGUGGACGAGCUGCGGGUCGUCGUGGAGGAGGCGUCGGCGGCCGACGGCGGCGUCGACUCCGCCGCCCUCGCCGCCGCCGUCGCAGACGGCCGGGCCGCGCUGGCCGCCGCCGAGGCGGCGGAGGCUCGAGGGCUCGGGGCGCCAGAGGGCGCGCCGCGCAGCCCCGCGCGCGGCCGCUUCGCUGCGUGGCCGGUGCCGUGGAGCCAGGCGGGGCCCCUGCUCCGCGAGGGGGCGGGCGCGGAGCUCGCGUCCGUGCAGGAGGCGCAGCUCCUCCGGGUCCUGGCCGAGGGUGACGACCUCGCGAUGCGCCGCUUCUCCAUCUGGGCCGUGGCUGCCCCGAGCGGGGAGACGCGGCCCGGGUUCUAUCUGGCGCAGCCGCGGCCACCGCAGGCGCUGGUUUUUGCCACGACCCCGACAAGAGGCGAGGCCUCGUUCGCUGACGCCAGCGAGUACGCCAUUCCUGAGGAGCGAGUGGUCGUGCACCACGUCGCGGUCCUCCCGGGAGAGGCGGCGCGCGAGCCCAUCAAGGUGGCCUUGCGGGACUGGGUGGAGUCGCUGGCGCCAAAGGCGGUCGUCUUUCCGGACCCGGCCUCGCUUCAG